AUGGCGAUACGAACGACACUUGCCAGAUGUCGGCGUACGAUCGUCGAUACUGCGUAUCGUUGCGGUUCUGUCGUAGCGCAAACAUUCUGGACUAUAUUUUACUUCUUCUACUUUCUACUAAAAGGAAAACCUGAGUGGAAAUGUGAGGCUCGUGAAGAAGAGGAGAAGCCGAAGAACUGUUGCGUCGACGCCAAAUCCCAGCCGGAAUCGUUCAUAAAACAUAACGUUCCUCAAAGUAGAACACAAUUCAGAAGCACCGCUCCAACACAUUACGGAUACCAGAACCAGAACAAAGGCUUCUUCCAGCGUAUCUCGGACGCUUUUCACGGAGCCGCAGAAACUGUCUCGUGUUAUGCGAGACGUGCUGGUCGUUUCCUAUAUGGGCUAGGUUGUAAAGCGGUGCGAGUGCUGGGUACUGUAGUCAAAUACAUUUGGGCCUUCCUAAGGAUGUUCUUCACAACAAGUGUUCCGUCGAAGACGUUACCGGCAACACCGAAACCAUUCCAAGCAAACCCCACUGAGACGAAUUCUUUCAAUAAAGUGGAAUUCAAACCGGAAGAACUGUCGGAGGCUUAUGAGAGGGAGAAGUUGGACACUGUUCAGGAAGCCGAGUUCACCACAUUCAGCUCAGAAAGACCUGAGGAACAGUUCGUACCUCUGCCAAUGGAACGACAUGUGCCGGUCGCGAUGCCUCGUCGGUACUCGACCGAACGUCACUAUGAGCUUGAUCCUGCCGCCUCCAUCCAAGCACAACAACGAUUUACGGACACUAGCCUGGAUGGAAGAGAUAUAAGGGAGAAUGUGGUGGUGGAUCAAAGUGAAAAUGAUCAAUCGUCGUGGUCAACUCGUACGGCGACGAACGAAACGGUCUCCACAGCCGCCACCGCCCCGGCGAAAAAGGAACCGCCCGGACUUGGCAAGCUGCCAGCCGACGUCAUGGCUGAGUUACACGGAACACAAAAAAUGCGCCAAGAACGGGAAGCGUCCGUACAACGUGAAAUGACGCAAAGUUGUCAUCCAGAUAUGACACAAUGGAAAACAAACGAUUUUGAUAGAUAUGAUCGAUCCGCAACAGCUACACCGUUUCGUGCAAGCAGUGUUGGACCAACGAUGCGUAAAUUGGAGCAGGUUGUGAGUAGACUGGAAGAUUCCACCGAUAAUGAGCCACAAUACAUAUUCAGAGCAAAGCCUUCUGACUAUCUGAUGGGGAAAUCGGUUUAUUCGCCAAUAGAAGAAGCCGAACAAAUGCGAGACGUUAUUAAUAGGGAAAGGCUUGUUGAAGGACCUUACAGAGAUAGGCCUGAAGUGCCUUACAGGGAAAGGCCUGACGGAGUAUACAUAGAGAAAAAUCCCUAUGUUACGUAUCCGCGAUCCAACUUCGGAUCACGUCCAGUAACGCCAGCCCAUAGUAUCAGUGGACGUUAUACACCGUAUGGACAAGAAUCAUAUGCGGGAAAUGGUUAUAAGAAUGAAGGAGACGGCGUUCGACGGAGAGCACGAACCGUUGGUCCACUUGGAAGAGAAAAUAUGCCACAAGCAACGCACACUUUUUACGCGAACGCUCCUGUAGCUUCGCAUACAGUACGUCGUACACCGAUUUCGUUCGAUCGUGGAGCGAAUUUCGCUUAUGAUCGGGACGGUGUCACUCAAGGUGUGGUGUCAAACCAAGUGCGGCGAUGGCCACCGGUCAGUAACGCGACCGGAGCGGAGGUCAACAAAAACGAUUGGGUGAAGGAGUUGACGAGGGACGAUGAUGGACUCAUCACGACUAUGGCCAGGAGUAAGUCACAAGGAGUGAUUGAACGUAAAGUUGAGGAUAACUGGAAAUGGCAUGACAAUCAAGGUCAACUACUAGAUGAGAAGAAUCAGAAGACAUGGAGGAGAGAGAGAUUUAAAGGUGUCAAAACUAAUCCAAAAGAGUUUACUAAGUCUCGAACUACGCUUGGAGAAGAAUCCUUAAAGCAAGGGGGAUUGGAAGUGCAAACCGAUGCUGAGUGA